AUGUCUGACAAGCCAAUCUUUGUGGCUACCCAUCCGCGAGCAUGCUCAACAGCCUUUGAGCGAGUCUUCAUGACACAGCGAGAUACUAUUCAAUGUGUCCAUGAGCCGUUUGGCGAUGCAUUCUACUACGGCCCAGAGCGCCUCUCCAGCCGAUUCGCAGGCGAUGAAAAUUUACAAGCACGCCUGGAUAGCGGAUUCGCCAAUUCGACAUAUAGUACUGUGAUGGAUAGGCUCGAGCGAGAAAAUACUCAGGGAAAGAGAAUGUUCAUCAAAGACAUCGAUCAUUACCUGCUUCCACCGAAUGGCCAGCCCGCCAGCGUCGCCCCCUCUCUACUGCGGUAUAAGCGCGGUGUCGGGACCAACGACGACUUGCACGUGGCUAAUGGUGUGAACGGGGUCUCGAACGGUACCAACGGCACGGCGAACGGUGUGAAUGGUCAUCAUGAGAUGAACGGCCAUGUUAACGGCACGACCAACGGUCACACCAACGGAGCUUCCAAGGAACCCUACCCGUACAACACGCCGGCAGAGCCAGGCAACCCAACUGUGAUGCCACGCGAACUUCAAGAGAAAUUCCACUGGGCAUUUCUAAUCCGCGACCCGCACUAUAGCGUGCCGUCGUACCUGCGAUGCACAAUCCCACCUCUGGACGAGGUAACCGGGUUCCACAACUACGACCCGCUGGAGGCCGGAUAUGACGAGCUGCGCCGACACUUCGAUUACCUUCUCGAGAGUGGAUUGAUCGGGCCCCAAGUUGCAACACGCGCGGAUCUGGACGCCCAGGCUGAGCCCCAGGCAACGAGUGGCGUUGAGAUUUGUGUCAUCGACGCGGAUGAUAUGCUCGACGAGCCGGCGAAGACCAUUGAGGCUUUCUGUAGCAGUGUUGGUUUGCCGUAUAACCCGGAGAUGUUGACGUGGGAUACGGAGGUGGACCAUGCUGCUGCUCGUAAUGCGUUUGAAAAGUGGCGUGGGUUCCACAAUGAUGCUAUUGAGUCGAAGGCUCUGGUUCAGAGAACUCAUAAACGUGCUGUCAAGACUGAGGAGCAGUUUGACGCCGAGUGGCAGAAGAAGUAUGGUGAGAAGCAGGCUGCUCUCAUCCGUCGGACCGUCGAUGCCAACAUGGCCGACUACCUGUACCUCAAGGCAUUCGCCGUGAAGGUUUAG